AAUAGAUAUUUUGUUAAAAAGUAAAUAAAAUAAAAAAGUAUUAGAAGAUGAUAAAUAAUAAUAGUGUUGGGAUGACUGGUGUAAGUUUGUUGAUCUUAGUGGAAGUGAUCAGCUACCUAGGUACAAAUGCAGCUGGCCUUGAGUUUCCGUUUAAUCAGAACUAUAAUUCCCAUGAUGAUGAUGAUGAUAAUAAUAAUAAUAAUAAUAAUAGUAAUAAUAAUACUCGAGGGAGCGAAACCGGGAGCUUUGACCACGACUGGAUGAAUUUACAUCGACACCAGACUAGAUCCAACUAUCACAGGCAUCAGCAUAAUUCAACAGCUAAACUGGCACCCAGUCAUAAUCAUCAUCAGCAUAAUGCCUCGAUUGAUCGAAACAGUCCAUCAUCAUCAUCGGUGUAUCAUUUACGUGAAUAUGAUAAUAAUAUUAAUAAUAAUAAUAAUAAUAAUGGUAAAACGGUGGUAUCUGGAUCAGAAAAGUUUACUGCAGUUGCCGUAGCCGAGUAUUCUGGUACCAGGGCCGUAGCUUACGCCGGAUAUAACAAUAACAAUCAGGAUCAAUAUGCACUCCACACAACUACUCCGGUUCCUUCCUACACCAGACAUCAUUCUGGGCGACGAGUAUGCACGAGGACUCCAAGUGUCAAUCAUCACUACUCUAGUCGACAAAUAAGAUUUAUUUACACUCAAGUAUCAGCAGCGUCGAGUUUUAUUUGCUGUCCUGGAUGGUCGCAAGUCACACGAACAAGCUACGGAUGUAAUAGACCCACCUGCGUCGCACCAUGUCACAACGGAGGAGUCUGUGGUCCUCACGGUAAAUGUAACUGCCCCAAAGGCUUCGCCGGCAGUCAAUGUCAAUUAGAUAUUGAUGAAUGUAUGACUGAAAAACCUUGCGCACAAAUUUGUAAAAAUUUACCUGGUAGUUACGAGUGUCAUUGCCGGUACGGCUUUCAGUUGCAACCAGAUGGACAAUCUUGCAAAAAAAAUGACAGCGAUGGUACAGCAUUCGAAGCACGAGAUUUAGAAAAUGACUACGGUAUUGUUACAAGCACCCGGAGACCAAUUACACCAAGUCCACGUGACACGGAGAACGAGGUGAAUGAUGGUGAUGCCAGUCGGGAUUACGAAGUUAUUCUCAAGAGACUUACCAAGUUAGAAAAGCAAUUUUCCAGAGGAAAACGAAGAGAAAGCGAGGCCGCGGAGCUUAAUGGCCGAGUUAAUCAAGCAGUCGAGGGCGUUGCGGAGUUAAGACUGGCCACCAAAAAUGUUUUACACUUUUUACGCGAAACUUUUGAACCCGUGAGACAGCAAGUUUACGAAAUGAAAAACAAAUUCGAGCUGGAGCGACGGAGAAUUGAUUAUAUUGUGCAACGUUUUACUCAAAUUGACCAUCAAUUAAAUCAACAUAAAAAUCAACGUAAUGAUAUUAAUGGAUAAUUAUAAUUUUAUUGCUUAUUAUUUAUCAAGUUAAUUAUUAUUUUAAUAAUAAAAUAUAAAAUAAUAUAAUGUAAAAAUAUAAUGUAACACGUAGAGACGAUAUACAACUGCCAAGUUUUAAUUUUA